UUCUUCCAUAUAGUAGUAUUUCUAAGUGGAGCCAAUUACCAGGGGUGCGCAGUGCUCAACAUUUCGUCUUUUCUCUUUACACAAAUCCCUAUGGACUACUCUACUUCACUUUCUUCUCCACAACGGCGCACAAUAGUUUUUCUCCUUAACCUACGCUUCACUUAACCCUUCAAUUUCCUUUAACCCUUAACUGAGACUUUAGUUUUUGGAUUAAUGGAUCCGUGUCCAUUUGUUCGACUAAGUGUGUGUAAUUUAGCGUUAAAAAUCCCGGUAGCUUCAAAACCGGCUAGUUCUGUGGUUCAUCCUUCCUCAUCACCGUGUUAUUGUAAAAUAAAACUGAAGAAUUUUCCACUCCAAACAGCAGUUAUACCGUGCAUUUUACCUGAAACUCAGUUUCCAGAAAGCCACGCAGCAAGUUUUCAUCUCAACAAAUCCGAUCUCGAAAAGCUCGUUACAAAAUCUCUGUUCGGCGGUUGUAAAUUGUACCUUAAAAUAUCAAUUUACACCGGCCGUAGAGGUUCGACAUGUGGUGUGAAUUCAGGCAGGUUGUUAGGGAAGGUUGAAGUACCGUUAGAUUUAACGGGAACGGAAGUUAGGUCUGUGUUGUUUCACAAUGGAUGGAUUGUGGUUGGAAAGGAAGCGAAGAACGCAUACUCAAGUGCGCAGUUUCAUUUGAGUGUUAAAGCGGAACCCGACCCGAGAUUCGUUUUUCAGUUUGAUAAAGAGCCUGAGUGUAGUCCUCAAGUGUUUCAAAUUCAAGGAAAUUUACGGCAACCUGUUUUUACUUGUAAGUUCAGUUUUCGAACUACCGGUGACCGGAAUCAGAGGUCCAGGUCUUUACCAUUGGACCAUAGUAGUUCUCGAGGAUGGUUAAGUUCAUUUGGAAGCGAAAGGGAACGGUCAGGUAAAGAGCGAAAAGGUUGGUCAAUAACUGUCCAUGAUCUCUCCGGUUCACCAGUUGCUGCUGCAUCAAUGGUCACCCCAUUCGUUGCAUCACCCGGUUCGGACCGGGUAAGCCGGUCCAACCCCGGUUCAUGGCUAAUUCUAAGGCCUGGUGACGGAACCUGGAAACCAUGGGGUCGACUCGAGGCCUGGCGCGAACGUGGUUCAGCGGAUGGCCUCGGGUACCGGUUCGAGCUAAUCCCUGAUUCAGCUGUAGCUGGAAUUGUCUUAGCUGAAUCAACAUUGAGUUGUUCUAAAGGUGGGAAAUUUGUGAUUGAUCUUGGAACUAGUGUUUCGACGAAUGGGAAGUUGACACCUGGAAAUUCGACGUCUCCUGCGUGUAGUCCUAGAGGUAGUGGUGACUUUGGGUAUGGUUUAUGGCCUUAUUGUAUGUACCGAGGUUUUGUAAUGUCGGCUAGCGUGGAAGGUGAAGGUAGUUGUGGGAGUAAGUGCAGUAAACCUACGGUGGAAGUUAGUGUUCAGCACGUGACUUGCACGGAGGAUGCAGCUGCUUACGUGGCUUUGUCAGCUGCUAUUGAUCUUAGUAUUGAUGCUUGCAGGCUUUUUUCUCAAAAGCUAAGGAAAGAAUUGUGCCCUGAGAAGGAUUUGCUCUCCUGAUUUUUUCUACUGCCUUUUUUUAACUGUUUUUUUGUUUUUUUUACUGCUUUUUGUGAGUGGUAACUGGUGUGGGUCGAUGAGUUUUAGAUUUCGUCGGGUCAUUAUGGUUAAAAGAUUUGGCUGAUUGUUAGUACUACUAACGAGUAACGAACAUUAGGCUGCUUUUUGUUUCUUCAAUAUGUACAGAGAGAGUGGGGGGAUUUGACUGACAGAGCACCUUUGCUAGUUUUUUCACCUUAACUUGGUGUGUUGCUCUUGUAAUCUUUCAUCACUGUAUUGCAAGUUGUCAAUGUCAAGGGUGAUAUUUUUCUUUAUGUA